UUUGCACAAAAAUCUGAUCUGACACGUCACAUGGGGAAUCACAGCGGGGAAAAACUCUUCAGCUGCUCCAAAUGUGGUAAAAGAUUUAACAGAAAGUUUAAUCUGACACUUCACAUGGAACAUCACAGAGAGGAUAAAGUCUUCAGCUGCUCUGAAUGUGAUAAAAGAUAUAACGAUAAGCGAAGCCUGGAAAGACACAUGUUGGUACACACAGGAGAGAGACCCUUUAUCUGCUCUGUUUGCAGUAAAAGUUUUAAACAACAAGCGCAUCUAAACUCACACAUGAUGCUUCACACUGGAGAGAAACCCUUCAGCUGCUCUGAGUGUGACAAACGAUUUUACAGAAAAGGGCAUCUGGCUUCACACAUGUUGGUUCAUACAGGAGAGAAACCCUUUAGCUGCUCUGAAUGUGGUAAAAGAUUUUAUUUGAAAUGGCAUCUGACCCAACACUUACAAAUUCACACAGGAGAGAAACCUUUCACCUGCUCUGAGUGCGGUAAAAGCUUUAAACGCAAGUCUUGUCUGGAUCAUCACCUGGCAUAUCAUGGAGAAGAGAAACCCUUCAGCUGUUCUGAGUGUGGUAAAAGGUUUACCCAAAUAAGAAAUAUGACCGUACACAUGAGAAUUCACACUGGAGACAAACCCUUCAGCUGCUCUGAGUGUGGCAUAAGCUUUAACUACAAAGCUGGUCUGACAGCUCACAUGGCACAUCAUGGAGGAGAGAAACUCUUUAGCUGCUCAGAGUGUGGUAAAAGAUUUAAUUUUAAAGGAAAUCUAACCCAGCAUAUGAUAGUUCACACAAGAGAGAAACCUUUCAGCUGCUCUGAAUGUGGUAAGCAUUUUACGCAAAAAGGAAGUUUGAACAUACACAUGAGAAUUCACACUGGAGAGAAACUAUUUAGCUGCUCUGUAUGCUCUAAAGGCUUUAACCAAAAGACCUCUCUAACAGCUCACAUGGCACAACACACUGGAGAAACACUCUUCAGCUGCUCUGAGUGUGGUAAAGGUUUUAAUCUCAAAGGAAAUCUCACCAUACACAUGAGAACUCACACCAAAGAGAAAUCCCCUGGCUCUUCUGAUUUUAGUAAAAGUUGA